AUGCCUGAAGUAGUAAACAUCUUGAGCGAGUACUUCGAUGUUGAUUACGUCUGCAACAGCAAACUUUCAUCGGAGCUCGCCAUGGAAACCAACGACAGAGCAAUUUGUGAGGCAGUUUUUAAAACAGGUUGUGACCUGAACAAACACCUAAACAACGCAACUGGCGAUACGUUACUUAUAAAAGCUGUUUCUGAAAAUCAUAGUCCGGAAAUGAUUGAACUUUUAUUAAAAUACGGAGCGGAUCCCGACUUGGGAAAUGAUUUGAACGAAACAGCAAUCCACAAAGCUUCAUCCCUCGGCUUGUUGGAAAUCUUGCGAAUACUCGUGAAACAUUGCCACUACUUGAAUCGAUGUGACACUAAAGGGCAGACAGCGCUGUUCAAAGCUGUUGCAAAUGGGUUUUGUGAUGUCGUAAAAAUAUUGGUAAAGGCAGGAACGGAUUUGGAGUGGACGGAUGCUGAGAAGAGAACUCCGCUGAUAUGCGCAGUUGAGUCGAACCAAGUGGAAGUAGUGAAAGUGCUUCUCGAAGCUGGUUCGUCAUUCAUUUUAUCUUAUUUUCGUUGA